AUGUCGGUCGAUUUCACGACGGUUAAAAAACCGGAUACACGACGGUGGAUUACCGUUGUCUAUUGCAAUUUUUGUAGUAGCGGGCCAGCCACCACCGCCAUCAACCUUACCAUUCUUAGCCCUCAGUUCAAGAACUUACACAGCUUUGUUUCAUCGGGACUGAGGGCUAAAUCAGCGAGGCACAUGGCCUGA